AUGCCUCUUUGUGGUAGCAGCACCAAAAGCAUACAGCGAAAGAUUGUCAUUCUUGGCGAUGGCGCAUGCGGUAAGACGUCGCUACUUAAUGUGUUCACGCGCGGGUAUUUCCCACAAGUGUACGAGCCUACGGUGUUUGAAAACUACGUGCAUGACAUUUUCAUCGACGGCCAGUCUGUGCAAUUGUCCUUGUGGGAUACAGCGGGCCAGGAGGAGUUUGAUCGUUUGCGGGCCUUGUCGUACUCCGAUACCCACUGUAUCAUGUUGUGUUUUUCCAUCGACUCGCCAGACUCGUUGGAGAAUGUGCAACUGAAGUGGGUGGGCGAGAUUGCCGAUCACUGUGAAGGUGUCAAGCUCGUUUUGGUUGCUUUGAAGUGCGACUUGAGAAACCAGGAAGAAGAGGCGCAAGUCCGUGAGGAUGAGCUGUUUAAUCCUUAUUCGCAAAAUUCCGGCCCCUACGCACAGCAGAAGCGCUUGAUUUCAUAUGACGAGGGUUUGGCCGUUGCGAAAAAGGUCGGUGCCUUGCGCUAUCUUGAGUGUUCGGCGAAAAAGAACCGUGGUGUCAACGAGGCCUUUUCCGAAGCCGCACGUUGUGCCCUUAAUGCGAGACCCAAGGGUGCCAACGACAAUGAGCCUGAAAAGAAGGGUUGCGUUGUUAUGUGA